AUGGGUCCCGGAGGCCUCGGUCUGAAGACCAACGAGAACUUCGCCAUCGUCAAGGAGUGCUUCCCCUACAUCGCCAGGCGCUUGAUCACCGACGAUAGUUUCCGAAUGCGAGAAGCUCUGAGGUCCUACCUCUACAAGGGCCGAUCUCGCAUCGCCGUGUCGCGCAUUGACGAGCUCGCCACCGGCUUUGGCAACUUCACCAAUCUGAUGAAGGGAAGCCGAACGGAAUCUGCGGCGGCCGGUGGCAUCCAGAUGGAGCAAAAUGGCCAAAAUGGCACCCAUGAGCAGAGCAACGGCCAGAGCAACGGCCGGGUGCGCGAGGUCGACUCGGCCACGCGGGAGAUUGCAGAAGUGGUCUUCUCCCCGGAUGGCAACUUUUUGCAGGACCUGCUGAUCGAGGAGGGUGUGGCGGCCAUCGAUGCACUCUCCCGUGCCUCGCUGGUGCGUCUGCUUCGAACCCUGGGGCCCUUGGCGCUUCCUCUCGCCUUGCCUCUGAACUUCUUGCUUGGUGGCGCCGACGACCAGCAGCUCCUGAGCAGGGAAGACAAGCAGUCGCUGCUCGUCCUCCGCCGCAUCACGGAGCUUGUAGAUGCCGGCCGCCGCCCAGCCGCCGAGACCGACGAGGCUGCCGACUUCGGCGAGACGGUGCGGAGCCUGCAGAGGCUGCAGCCCAUUGCCCAGGGGCUGCUGCCGUCCAUCACUCCCGGUGCCGCGUCCUUUGCGGGUCGCUUCGCCCGGCAGCUGGCGCGGCGCGUGCUGCUGCGCCUGGCAGACGACGUGGAGCGCAGGGCCAACAACGCCCUGCUUGUGAACUAG